GACGAAUCGCCGGACAUACUAGCGGAUUUAAGAGGUGGCCGAUUGAAUAUUUUAGGAAGUUAUUGCGUUCUAUUCUCGUCAUCUCAUCACUUUCACCGACAGAAAAUUCUUCUGAUUACCUACCUAGGUAGAAAUUGAGUGUGCCAUUCAUCAUGAAGCUCAUCGUCGCAGGUUCAACCGGCUUUGUCGGCACCGAGAUUAUUCGCCAAGCACUCUCCCACCCGGAAGUGACGUCUCUUAUCGCCUUAGGGCGCCGCGAGAUCUCCGUGCCGGAAAACGUGGGACCUAAUGCCGACACGACAAAGCUCAAGUCUGUUAUAUGCGACGACUUCGAGAAUUACCCCCAGAGCGCGAAGCAGGAGCUAGCUGGGGCGGAUGCCUGUAUCUGGACUAUCGCUGUUACGCCAGCACAGCUUCGAGCAAUGGGAUGGGAGCAGGCGUGUAAGAUCUGCCGCGACUACGCCAUCAAGGGCAUCGAGACGAUCACGCAACUUCCUCGUGGCGACGGCGAAAAGAAGCCGUUCCGUUGGGUGUACAUCAGCGGAUCUAGCAGCGUGCGAGACCCGGCUGAGAAGCCAUGGGUGCUAGGCGAUUACUGCGUAAUGAGAGGCGAUGUUGAAUCGAAAGUUCUCACAUACGCUAAAGAGUCCAAAGGCACGGUGGAAGUAUGUGUAGCUAAGCCUGGGAUGAUAGAUGCGCCGGGAAAAGGUGGUCUGUUGAUGAAUUUAGUGAAGACAGUCGGGCGAACACUCAUUGGCCUUCCUAAAGUCGAUGUUGGUGAGAUAUCUGCGGCCCUGUUAGAUCAGGUUGUCAAUGGGUUCGAGAAGGAUACGCUUCAGAAUGAAGACCUGGUCCGAAUUGGACAAGAAAUCAUCCAGGGGAAGGCGAAGUAGCGGUAUACCUAGGUGGUAUGUAAAUAGGUAGGUACAUAUCAUACCUACCACGAGGUUAGGUGGUGCACAAUGAACCCCCUAUUCUGACUGCACUGAGACUCACAA